CGUCAAAUGUCAAGAUUGUCUCUGAAACAUUUCCCCUCAAUGCUUGAGAGCCGUGCAGCCCACUCUUCUGUUUAGUACUUCGACGCCCGCAAUAUUCUUCGCCUAGAUCACGGCAAGAUAUACCUCAAUCCGACCAUCUACUUAGAAACCCGAUCGCUUCCUGCAUACACCAACUAUCGUCGCAAUGGCUUCUGCCCCGCCCCACGCCACCAACCCCUCAUCGCGCAAGACCUUCACCAUUGGCACGCGCAAGUCCAAGCUUGCUCUGCUUCAAACGGACCUGGUUCAAGCGGCGCUCAAGCAAACAUGGCCUGACUAUGAAUUCAAGAUCCAUUCCCGAGAGACCGCAGGCGACCAGAACACGACCAUUGCGCUCCGUGACUUCACGACCAAGAACCUGUGGACCCAGGAACUGGAGGACCUUCUGAUUGCUGGCCAGGUCGACUUUAUUGUACACUCUCUCAAGGAUGUGCCGACUCUCCUCCCCUCCUCCUGCACCCUCGGCCCUAUGAUGAAGCGCGAAGACACAAGAGACGUCCUGGUCAUGAAGAAGGGCCUUUCAUACAAAAGUCUGGCCGAGCUGCCCGAAGGCUCCGUCGUCGGUACCUCCUCCAUCCGUCGUACCGCCCAACUCGCCCGUCGCUAUCCCCACCUGAAGGUCAUGGAUGUGCGUGGUAACAUUGGCACUCGGUUGUCGAAGCUGGAUGCAGAGGAUGGCCCAUUCACGUGUCUCAUCCUGGCUGCUGCUGGCUUGCUGAGAUUGGAGCUGGGCGAUCGUAUCACUAGCUAUCUGGACUCGAAGAACGGGGGAAUGCUCUAUGCUGUCGGUCAGGGUGCUCUCGGCAUUGAGAUCCGGAAGGAUGACCAGCAGGUGCUGGAAAUGCUACAGAACAUCGGUCAUAAGGAGACCACUUUUGCUAGUUUGGCAGAGCGCAGCCUUCUGCGUACCCUUGAGGGUGGAUGUAGUGCGCCGUUGGGUGUUGAGUCCGAAUGGGUCAAUGGUGCUCUGAGGAUGCGUUCCGUUGUGGUUAGUGUGGAUGGUAAGGAGAGCGCUGAGGUUGAGAUUGAUGGGGCUGUUGAUUCGCCUCAGGCUGCGGAGGAGUUCGGUGUUACUGUGGCUAAGGCGUUGGUCGAGAAGGGCGCCGGCAAGAUCCUGGAGGAAAUCCAGCGCAACAAGCAGACUGCUUAGAUAUAGAAGCUGUAAAGUCUAUGUGGUGGAGAUGCUGGUCUUCUCCUUCACGGGAGAUAUGAUGAUACAAUGGACAUAUAUAGAUGGAUACCCAUAUG